CAUGGUAAUCUCACAUCCCACGAAUACUGAAAUGAGACUCGUUGCGGCAAUGGACUAUGAUUCAGGUGGAACACGUUCUCGUUCGCUAAGGAGAUAGAUGCUUUUCACCUAAAAGCAGCUCUCACGGCGAAGAGGCUUAAGGCCAUAAAACCGUUGGACAGCAGGAGGAAGAGAAGCCAGGUGUCUCCACUCCAGUUGCCCUGCCUCAGACUCCUAAGCUUCGCAUGUGAGGAUCGUCUUGUAGGCACUGACUGGAGAUGGAAUCCUAAAACACAGGUGAAGCGGAAAUCUUCCUUCAGGGAGAGCCGACUGAGGAAGCCAGCGGCUAACACUGGGCGGGACAGGAUACCUCCCUCUUCGCCCACGGCAGGCUCUCUAUCAUAGUAGCCGCCGUUCUGCCACUCAGGCAGCUUUUUAAGGCACCUCUAGGUUCGCCAGCGCUUUCAGUGGGGCGGCCGGCCGCUCCCGAGGGCUGCAAGACGCGGCCCGGCGUGCUGAGCCAGUGUCGCUCCUCCCGCGGUCCCCUCAGAAGGCCGGCCCGCCGGCUACAGUCUGCCGAAGGCGCGGACAACCGACGAGGUGUCAGGCUCGGCAGGGGAUUGCUUCUGUCUGGGGCCCGGCCGAGGUUGCGUUCCUGCCUAGCGCGCACACGCUCCGCGUUCACUCAGCCAAUCCCGCGCUACUCGCGCACCCAGGAGCGAUCCGCGGUCCUACUCAGGCUGGGCCCGCUCCUUCCCGCUCCCAGUACUCAGCACCCGAGCUCUCACUCCUCCCCUCACUCUCCACGAGUUCCACGCCUCAGGGUGUAGCUCCGCCCCUGUCCCCGAGUCCGCCCCCGCAACCUCCAGAGCGUGUGCUCUCCUUUCCUCUCAGUCCUGCCAUCUAGCUGCCUUCGGUCUCGCGCUCCGCAGAGCGGCCCGAGCUUCUUCGGCCUCGUUCCGCCGCCUCCGCGCGCUCUCCCCGUGCGGCCACCGAACCCUCCAGCUCGCCUCCUUCCUGCCGGACUUGGGGUCGCGCGCCCUGACUCCGCCCCCUCCCGCGGACCCGCGCACUCCCGGCGCGGCCUCUCCCCCACGCAGGCCACCGAGCACUCUACGGCCUCCCACUCCUUCCCCGCUCUCCUCGCGCUUCCCUGGCUCCCUAGCUCUCGCGCUCUCCGCGGCGAGCGCGCUCCCGGCCCGCGCGCUCCGGGCUCCAAUUUCUCCCGGCUCCUGUCAGUGCGGUGACUGCGCUGGGAAACAUGGCGACCGAGGGAAUGAUCCUUACUAACCACGACCAUCAAAUCCGUGUCGGAGUCCUUACAGUGAGUGAUAGUUGCUUCAGGAAUCUUGCAGAAGAUCGCAGUGGGAUAAAUCUCAAAGAUCUCGUACAAGAUCCUUCUUUGUUGGGUGGGACUAUAUCAGCAUACAAGAUAGUACCAGACGAAAUAGAAGAAAUCAAGGAAACCCUGAUAGAUUGGUGUGAUGAAAAGGAACUUAAUUUGAUAUUAACAACUGGAGGAACAGGGUUUGCACCACGAGAUGUCACUCCAGAGGCCACAAAAGAAGUAAUAGAACGGGAAGCACCAGGGAUGGCCCUGGCAAUGCUGAUGGGAUCACUUAAUGUUACACCUCUGGGCAUGCUCUCUAGGCCUGUAUGUGGAAUCAGAGGGAAAACGCUCAUAAUUAACCUGCCAGGUAGCAAGAAAGGAUCUCAGGAAUGCUUUCAAUUCAUACUGCCAGCUCUACCUCAUGCCAUUGACCUUUUACGUGAUGCCAUUGUAAAAGUAAAGGAGGUGCAUGAUGAACUAGAAGAUUUGCCUUCCCCACCACCCCCUCUCUCCCCUCCUCCUACAACCAGCCCCCAUAAACAGACAGAAGACAAAGGGGUUCAAUGUGAGGAAGAGGAAGAAGAGAAGAAAGACAGUGGUGUUGCUUCAACAGAAGAUAGUUCCUCAUCACAUAUAACUGCAGCAGCCAUUGCUGCCAAGAAGCAUCCAUUCUACACCAGUCCUGCUGUUGUCAUGGCACACGGUGAACAGCCCAUCCCUGGUCUCAUCAAUUAUUCCCAUCAUUCAACAGAUGAACGGAUUCCAGACUCCAUCAUUUCUCGUGGUGUUCAGGUGCUCCCACGAGACACAGCCUCCCUCAGCACUACUCCUUCAGAAUCGCCUCGUGCUCAGGCUACAUCUCGCCUCUCUACAGCUUCCUGCCCAACACCAAAAGUCCAGUCCAGGUGCAGCAGCAAGGAGAACAUUCUCAGAGCCAGUCACAGUGCUGUCGAUAUCACCAAGGUGGCCAGAAGACACCGUAUGUCUCCUUUUCCUCUGACAUCUAUGGACAAAGCCUUUAUCACAGUCCUGGAGAUGACUCCGGUGCUUGGGACAGAAAUCAUCAAUUACCGAGAUGGAAUGGGGCGAGUCCUUGCUCAAGAUGUAUAUGCAAAAGACAAUUUACCGCCCUUCCCAGCAUCAGUAAAAGAUGGCUAUGCUGUCCGAGCUGCUGAUGGCCCAGGAGAUCGUUUCAUCAUUGGGGAAUCCCAAGCUGGUGAACAGCCAACUCAGACAGUAAUGCCAGGACAAGUCAUGCGGGUUACAACAGGUGCUCCAAUACCCUGCGGUGCUGAUGCAGUAGUACAAGUGGAAGAUACUGAACUUAUCAGGGAAUCAGAUGAUGGCACUGAAGAACUUGAAGUGCGAAUUUUGGUGCAAGCUCGGCCAGGCCAAGAUAUCAGACCCAUCGGCCAUGACAUUAAAAGAGGGGAAUGUGUUUUGGCCAAAGGAACCCACAUGGGCCCCUCAGAGAUUGGUCUUCUGGCAACUGUAGGUGUCACAGAGGUUGAAGUUAAUAAAUUUCCAGUGGUUGCAGUCAUGUCAACAGGGAAUGAGCUGCUAAAUCCUGAAGAUGACCUCUUACCAGGGAAGAUUCGAGACAGCAAUCGUUCAACUCUUCUAGCAACAAUUCAGGAACAUGGUUACCCCACAAUCAACUUGGGUAUUGUAGGAGACAACCCAGAUGACUUACUCAAUGCCUUGAAUGAGGGUAUCAGUCGUGCUGAUGUCAUCAUCACAUCAGGGGGUGUAUCCAUGGGGGAAAAGGACUAUCUCAAGCAGGUGCUGGACAUUGAUCUUCAUGCUCAGAUCCAUUUUGGCAGGGUUUUUAUGAAACCAGGCUUGCCAACAACAUUUGCAACUUUGGAUAUUGAUGGUGUAAGAAAAAUAAUCUUUGCACUACCUGGGAAUCCUGUAUCGGCUGUCGUCACCUGCAAUCUCUUUGUUGUGCCUGCACUGAGGAAAAUGCAGGGCAUCUUGGAUCCUCGGCCAACCAUCAUCAAAGCAAGGUUAUCAUGUGAUGUAAAACUCGAUCCUCGUCCAGAAUACCAUCGGUGUAUACUAACUUGGCAUCACCAAGAACCACUACCUUGGGCACAGAGUACAGGUAAUCAAAUGAGCAGCCGUCUGAUGAGCAUGCGCAGUGCCAAUGGAUUGUUGAUGCUACCUCCAAAGACAGAACAGUAUGUGGAGCUCCACAAAGGCGAGGUGGUGGAUGUCAUGGUCAUUGGACGGCUAUGAUGGUCACCAGCAGGAGAAAGCUUUGAUGCAUGUCCACAUAUCAUUGACUGUAUCCUGUAAUAUGCAACGGCACAGCUAGUUUUCCCGAUUUGGAUAAGAGUUGAUCUGUAUAGUCAACAUCUUGAACUAUAUUUCAAAUGAAUUUAAAUAUCUUUUAAAGAAAAAAACACCUAAAAAUAAAUCUUAACAAACAAUUCUAUUCUGAUUAUAUCAAGGCAAAUUUUUCCUUUCUUGCAAAUUGCUUUGUGUGUUCAAUGCUAGGUCUGAUAGCGAUAGCUUUUAGUAGACAGCGGUAGGUGCCUGCAGAACUUGUGUUUUUCUCAUCUUUAAAAUACAACUACUUAUGCUCUUAAAUCAAGGCUGUCUGCUUAUUUAUACUAGCGUAGGCAAUACUUGGAUUUCCCUUCUUAGUAUGCUUCAUAACUGCUUUACAGAGAGCUUUUGCUUGUUCUUUCUCAUGUAUCUCGUGUUUAUGUGCACAGUGCCAAAAGAAGACUGACUGGGCAGAGGGAGGCUCUGCCUUGCCUCAAGAACCAUCCCCUGCAGAGCAUCCAGGGAGGUUUCUCGCCCCAAUAGCCUCAUGGCACAGUACUCUUGGGCAGUAACUGGACACCUUUUAUUUGAACAAACAAACUGAAGAAAAAAUGCUUCCUUAAGUGCUGACAGCCUUUUUAACCAAUACAUUUAAAAUUGUACAGAACAAAAAAAUAAAAUCAAAGACUGAUCUUGUACAGAUACUAGUGUUACCAGCAUUCAUGUGGAAAUCAAGAGCAAAGACAAAAUAAUGUUAAACAACUCUGUAUCAUAACAUUUUCUGUAAUGAUACUGAAACUUAAUGAAUAAAAAAAAUUCCUUGAUCAUUAUUUAAAAAUGUAA